AUGGAACACGUGGAGAAUGUCCAAUUUCCCUCCCCUUGCAAGGAAUUCCCUUCAUCAGAAACAUCGAUUGCUCAAACUAUUUACUGUUAUACAUUAAUUGUACUCUGGCUUCUAUUGCUAGCAACAGCCUUAACCUAUCAACUGAGAAAAUUUAUAAGAAUUAAAAACAACAACAAUAUUGACAUUGAACUUGGAGAAAUACGAAGAAAAGAUUCAAACAUUCCCUUCCUUGACGGAAAUGGACACUUUACAAAUAGAAAAAAUUCUAUUACUCAACAAAAUAACUAG